GCAGCUCGCUCGCGGUUGGCACUGCCCGCCCGGGGCGGCGUUUCACUGGCGAUUGCGCCGCCGGGCCGGGAGGGCGUGUUGCGCUCCUGGGCGCCGGCCGGACACGUGUGUCUGUCUGCGGGGGGAAGCGAGUCGCCGCCGCCGCCGCCGCGCCUUAGGCUCCCCCUCCGACGAGCCGCGUUUGCGCCGGAGCCAGCGCUGGCACUCCGUCGCCGCGCCCUCGCGCUGGAGAUGCUGCGCUGAGACGCUUCCUCGGCCGGCCUGGACGCAAGGAGGACCCAGGGCGACAGCCGGACUCGCUCGUUCCCGCAGCGGCGGCGGCACCAGCAGCAUCAGCAUCAGCCGCUCCAGGCCCGGCGGCGGGUCGCCUUCCUCUGCGCUCGGGCGACGAGCCGGGCAGGCACCAGGCAGCCGCAGCGGAGGAGUCGCCGGGCGCGGCGCAUCAUGGCCAAGAGCCGCAAGGAGCGGAACAGCUGGGGUGGAUUUUCAGAAAAGAAUUAUGAGUGGAGCUCUGAGGAGGAAGAGGCGGAUGGGAAGGCCCGGCCGGUGCAGGUGCUCAUUGUGAAAGAUGACCACUCCUUCGAGCUGGAUGAAGCUGCCCUCAACCGCAUUUUGCUGGCGGAAGCUGUGCGGGAUCGGGAAGUGGUUGCUGUCUCGGUGGCAGGGGCUUUUCGGAAAGGGAAGUCGUUCCUGAUGGACUUCAUGCUGAGAUAUAUGUACAACGUGGAAUUGGCCGACUGGCUUGGGGACGAUAACGAGCCUCUGACGGGUUUUUCCUGGCGAGGCGGCUCAGAACGGGAGACGACGGGCAUCCAGAUCUGGAGCGAAGUCUUCCUCGUGGACAAGCCGGAUGGCAACAAGGUUGCCGUGCUACUGAUGGACACUCAGGGGACCUUUGACAGCCAGUCGACCCUGCGGGAUUCAGCCACCGUCUUUGCUCUCAGCACUAUGAUUAGCUCCAUACAGGUGUACAACUUGUCACAGAAUGUACAAGAAGAUGACCUCCAACAUUUGCAGCUCUUCACGGAAUACGGGAGGCUGGCCAUGGAGGAAACAUUCCUGAAGCCUUUCCAGUCCCUUAUAUUCCUUGUCCGCGACUGGAGCUUCCCAUAUGAAUUUUUCUACGGAGCCGAAGGCGGUGCCCAGUUUUUAGAAAAGCGUCUCAAGGUCUCCGGAAACCAGCAUGAAGAGCUGCAGAACGUCCGGAAGCACAUCCACUCGUGUUUCACCCAAAUCUCCUGCUUUCUCUUACCUCACCCGGGCUUGAAAGUAGCUACCAAUCCAAACUUCGACGGGAAGCUCAGAGAAAUAGAUGGUGAUUUCAUCAAGAACUUGAAGGUGCUGAUCCCGUGGCUCCUGAGUCCUGAGAACCUGGAUGUCAAGGAGAUCAAUGGAAGUAAGAUCACCUGCCGAGGCUUGGUGGAAUAUUUCAAGGCCUACAUCAAGAUCUACCAAGGGGAAGAGCUCCCUCAUCCCAAAUCAAUGCUGCAGGCCACCGCAGAAGCGAACAAUCUGGCCGCUGUUGCCACCGCUAAAGACACUUACAACAAGAGAAUGGAAGAGGUGUGUGGAGGCGACAGGCCGUUCCUCGCCCCCAGCGACCUCCAGAGCAAACACCUGGAGCUCAAGGAGGAGGCGGUGAGACAGUUCCGCAGCGUGAAGAAGAUGGGAGGGGAGGAGUUCAGCCGCCGCUACCUCCAGCAGCUGGAGAGCGAGAUUGACGAGCUCUAUGUCCAGUACAUCAAGCACAACGACAGCAAGAACAUCUUCCACGCCGCCCGCACACCGGCCACCCUCUUCGUGGUCAUCUUCAUCACCUAUGUCGUUGCCGGGGUCACCGGCUUCAUCGGCUUGGACAUCAUUGCCAGCCUGUGCAACAUGAUCAUGGGGCUGACCCUGAUCACGCUCUGCACCUGGGCCUACAUCAGGUACUCCGGGGAGUACCGGGAGCUCGGGGCGGUCAUCGACCAAGUGGCUGCGGCACUCUGGGACCAGGGAAACACAAAUGAGGCAUUGUACAAACUUUACAGCGCAGCUGCCACCCACAGACAUUUGUACCAUCACGCGUUCCCCACAGCACAGAAGACUGAGCCCACUGAAGGCACAGAAAAGAAGACUAUGUAGCCUAGAUGCUUUCCACCAAGGUGCAUGAAACACAUCCUUAAACAUGUUAAUCGUUGCAUCCAUUGCCUUUGACACUCCUCAGAAUGGAAGCAGGAGGAAAACGAUAACCAGUUCACUCGUAUCAAUGGCUUAAGUGUGGCUGCUUUAAUUUGGACGAUGCCCUGUUUGAGGGGAGAAGAGUCAGCAUGUCUGUCAUUUUCUUAAAAACAAGUGACUUUUUUUUGCUGCAGACAUGAUACUUUCCUUGGUUCUCCACAAUACUGUUCAGGACUUUCGUUUUCCACAUGCAAAGACUGGGGCUUGGGUCCAGAGAAAUAGGUUGCUUCCACUUCUGCUCAGGGCCUUUCCGCCUCCCCUUUCUGGCUGCAGGCCCGGAAUAGUCCUUGUGGGGGAGCGGCAGCAGCAGCCUGUCCGUGCACAGGCCGAGGCUUUUCUGGAUGCAAGCCGAGAGUCAUGAAUGCAUGCCUUACACAAAAGGGACCAUGCCUCAUCACAUUCUCAGAUUAUUUGCACACACCAGUUUUUAAUUCAACACUUUUUUUCUUCAUACCGCUGUGAAUGAUAGUCACCUUAAAAAACUGCCUUGUCAGAAGCUGCGAAGAUUAUUUCUUUUGCUAUAUGUUAAAGAUAUGGAAAGUGUUUUUGUUCAGAAUGCCAAAAAAAAAAAAAAAAUCCUUUGUACAUGUAUUUGAGAGUUUCACUGUAUAUAUAUAUUUGUUUAGUGCAUAAACAGUGUGCCCCAUUUUUAUUAUUUCAUUGUCAAAUUAAAAGUUUGCUUUUGGUUCCUAA